ACUUUCUACAUCUAUGGUUGUGGUUGUUCAAAUGUUUGAGGUUAUGUGAAUCGAAAAUCUACAAACAUUGUGAAGAGUUUUCUAAAUACUUUGUUGGCUCGUCAGCAUUGGUUGAAGCAAUUUUUAGUAGUUUCCGGCUUUGGUUGUGUUUCGACGAGGUUAGAUGUCACAAAUGUCAACUUUGGAAUUUAAAGCACUCCCAACAGGUGAGAGGUCUUCAUUGAAUUUUACGUCACCUUUCUUUAUGGGGAACCACAUGAGACAACACCGUUCAUGCUCAGACUCCAAAAUUGAAGCCUAUUUGUGUAAAGACUGUGAUUUUAAAACCGAACUAACAGUUGUGUUCAAACAACACGUCAAUCAGUAUCAUGGUCCGAAGAGAGAAUGUGCAGAUUUUCAUAUACACAAUUAUGUUUGCGAAAAAUGCCACUUUGAAACGAAUUUCUCAUUGAAGUGUCUUCAGCAUGCUUCAACGUGUACAGGAAAUAAAGAAAACAAGCAAACUGAACAUUUGAAUAAACAGUAUAAUUGUGACAAGUGUCCCUAUAAAACUCGAGCAAAAUCAAAUUUAAAAAAGCACACAAAUUCCGUGCAUUUGAACGAAGACGACAUUAAAUGGCACCAGUGCAAUCAGUGUCCGUAUAAAACUAGAAUAAAACAUAGUUUAAAAAUCCACAUACAUUUCUUGCAUUUGAACGAAGCAGACGUUAAAUGGUACGAAUGCAGCGAUUGUCCUUUCAAAACUAAGUACAAAAGGAAUUUAAAUAUUCACGUAAGUGUGAAACAUCAAGGCGAACCAAAAACUAAAUUGUACGAAUGCGAAAAAUGCCCAUUUAAAACUAACUGGGUGUCGCAGCUGAAAAAACACGUGAUUUGUCGACAUCUAGAUGAAAAUGAAGUUAAGUGGUACGAAUGUGGCAGCUGUUCGUAUAAAAGUAAAAGAAAAGCUGAUUUAAAACUUCAUAUAACUGUGCGUCAUUCGGAUAUUAAAUCAUAUCAGUGCAAAUUAUGUCCAUAUAAGGCUAAAUUGAACAGUUAUUUAAAAAAUCACAUGAACAAUCGACAUUCAGACGGGAAGGAUAUCAAAUGGUACAAGUGUGAACACUGUACAUUUAAGGCUAAACAGCCGGCCCAUUUGAAAAAUCAUUUUAAAUAUCGACACUUGGAUGAAGAACAAGUCAAGUGGUACGAAUGCGAACAGUGUCCCUACAGGAGUAAAUUUAAUUCGUGUUUGAAGAAGCAUAUUCAUUUUCAACAUUCGGAAAAACCAGAAUGGUACGAAUGUGCCAAAUGUUCCUAUAAAAGUAAAGAAAAAAAUAAGCUAAAGAUACAUAUGAAUCUGCACCAUUCAGACGUCAAACCAUACCACUGCGAGUAUUGUCCAUAUAAGGCGAAAUUGAAAAGUUAUUUAAAAAACCAUACGAACAACUGCCAUUCAGAUGGAAAGGAUGUAAAAUGGUACAAAUGCGAACUGUGUCCAUACAAAAAUAAAUAUAGUUCGAAUUUUCGUAAACACAAAAAAACACACCUGGGUAUAGCAUAGUGAAAUGGAUAUGUAGUGUUAACUUGACACACUUUUUAAGGUUUAAUAAAUCUGAUUUUUUUCGA